CACGCCCAGAGUGAGUCAGGCCAGGGGCCGGCAAUUAACACAAGUGAUCCGCUUCCUUCUUGCUGUUAACAGCCGCAGUGACUCGGCGAGAAGCCGCACAGGAGGCCGUCUCCGUAAACCAGUGUUUGACCGCAGCCAACUACUCACCAGUGAAGAUCCUGCUUGGCUCUUCGCCUCCCUAAUCUAUGGCGCUUAAAAGGAUACAGAAAGAACUUAAUGAUUUACAACGUGAUCCUCCUGCCCAGUGUUCAGCAGGACCGGUAGGAGACGAUUUGUUCCAUUGGCAAGCAACAAUUAUGGGACCCACUGAUAGUCCAUAUCAAGGUGGUGUCUUCUUCCUCACAAUCCAUUUUCCAACAGACUAUCCUUUCAAACCACCAAAGGUUGCAUUCACAACAAAGAUUUAUCAUCCAAACAUAAACAGUAAUGGAAGUAUUUGUCUUGAUAUCUUGAGGUCACAGUGGUCUCCAGCACUGACGGUUUCCAAAGUUUUGUUGUCCAUAUGCUCUUUACUUUGUGAUCCAAAUCCAGAUGAUCCUUUAGUACCAGAUAUUGCACAAAUUUACAAAUCAGACAAGGAAAAAUACAACAGACUAGCAAGAGAAUGGACUCAGAAAUAUGCAAUGUAAAUUUGUGAAAAUAUAAUUUCGUAUAAUCCAGUGUACUGUAAAUUCUAGGUUUUUCAAAAUUAGAGGAAACCGAGCACAGUUUACUGUUCCAGAGUCCUUCAAAAAAAAGUUCCUUUUGAUUUUUAGAUACUUUAAAUGCGUUUCUGAAGCAAAAGAAAUUCCAUAAACUUAAGAUGAAAAGUAUCGUUUUUGUUUCUGUGUACUUUGCAAAAGACAUUUGAUGUGGUUUUUAAGAUACCUGAACAUCUGCUUAUGAAAUCCAUAACGCAGGUUUAAAGCAACCAAACUUCUCUGAAGACUAGAUUAAUUAUUUUUGUCACUUGAGCAAUACUGCAUAUUUGUAAUAGAGUUUGCAUUGUUUUGUUUUUUUUUGUAAAUCGAUGUUCAGAUUUCAUUCUGUUUAGUUCACUAUUUAAUUUGUAUUUUUUUACUGUAUAGACUAAAUAUAUUUUAUUUACCUUUGUAAGUAAAUUCAUUUUUAGAUUUUUUUUUUUCCCCCGUCUCUUUAUACACAGUAUUGUCAUAAUAAAACGACUAGUCCUAAAAUUAUUUUUUGAAUUUUAAACCCCACAUUAGAUUAUAUAGAUGGAUUGCAGAUUUCUUAAAAACUAAAAUGACCUUUGCACUGUAAUUCGCAAUAUGCUAAUUCUGUGGGGAAACCAUUGUUUUGAUUCUGUUGCAUACUUGACACCAAUUUAUUGCAAUGUGAACUAAUUGCACUGCUAAUUAGAAAAAAAAAACAUUUAUCUUGUUUUAUUUGUUGCUGUUCACAUUUUUGAUUUUUCUAGGUUUUGUUUUUUUUUUUCAUAUGGGCAAUAUUAAAAACUCACAAGUUUUACAAAUCUUACUGUAGCUUUUUCCAUACAAAUAAAAAAUGCGUUUUCUACUA